CGGGGCGCGGCGCUCGGAGUCCGCUCGCGGCCGGAGGCGGCUGGGCGGCCGGGACCGGACUGGGAGCCGCGAGGAACGCGCGCAGCGCCGCUGGAGCCCGCCGCCCGGGCCAUGGCCAAGGCGGGCCGUGCAGGUGGCCCUCCCCCAGGCGGUGGUGCCCCCUGGCACCUUCAAAAUGUCCUCAGCGACUCAGUGGAGAGCUCUGAUGAUGAAUUCUUUGAUGCUAGAGAGGAGGUGGCCGAAGGGAAGAAUGCCAUCCUUAUCGGGAUGAGCCAGUGGAAUUCAAAUGACCUGGUGGAGCAGAUCGAGACCAUGGGGAAACUGGAGGAGCAUCAAGGAGAAGGGAGCACGCCGUGCACUUCCAGCCUCCUCCAGGAGAAACAGCGAGAACUGUACCGGGUUUCCUUGAGAAGACAGAGGUUCCCAGCCCAAGGAAGCAUCGAGAUCCAUGAAGACAAUGAGGAAGGCUGCCCGCAGCGCUCCUGCAAGACGCACGUCCUCCUGCUGGUGCUGCACGGGGGGAAUGUCCUGGACACAGGCUCGGGGGACCCAUCCUGCAAGGUGGCCGACAUCCACACCUUCAGCUCCGUGCUGGAGAAGGUCAUGCGCGCCCACUUCCCCGCAGCCCUGGGCCACAUCCUCGUCAAGUUCGUCCCCUGUCCCGCCAUCUGCUCGGAGGCUUUCUCGCUUGUCUCCAACCUGAACCCAUUCAGCCACGACGUGGGCUGUCUCAGCAACAGCCAGGACCACGUCCCUCUGGCCGCCCUGCCCCUAUUGGCCAUCUCCUCCCCACAGUACCAGGAUGCGGUUGCCACUGUCAUCGAGCGAGCCAACCAGGUGUAUGCGGAGUUCCUCAAAUCCCCCGAUGGGAUUGGCUUCAGUGGGCAGGUGUGUCUCAUCGGGGACUGUGUCGGGGGCCUCCUGGCCUUCGAUGCCAUCUGCUACAGCGCGGGGCCCACGGGUGACAGCCCUGGCAGCAGCAGCCGGAAGGGGAGCUUCAGCAGCACCCAGGACGCCCCGGUGGUGGUGGAGGAGGAGUGCGGCCUGGCGGGCAGCAAGCGGCUCAGCAAGAGCAGCAUCGACGUCUCCAGCACCUUGGAGGAUGAAGAGCCCAAGCGGCCAUUGCCACGGAAGCAGAGUGACUCCUCCACCUAUGACUGCGAGGCCAUCACCCAGCAUCACGCCUUCUUAUCAAGCAUCCACUCCAGCGUGCUGAAGGACGAAGCCGAUUCCCCAGCGGCCGCGGGCCCCCAGGUCCCCGAGGUCAGCCUGGGCCGCUUGGAUUUUGAGGUGUCCGACUUCUUCCUCUUCGGCUCACCCCUGGGCCUGGUCCUGGCCAUGCGGAGGACGGUGCUGCCCGGACUGGAUGGUUUCCAGGUACGUCCCGCCUGCAGUCAGGUCUACAGCUUCUUCCACUGCGCAGACCCCUCCGCCUCCCGGCUUGAACCACUGCUGGAGCCCAAGUUCCACCUGGUGCCACCGGUCAGCGUGCCCCGCUAUCAGAGGUUCCCACUGGGCGACGGACAGCCCCUCCUCCUUGCUGAUGCCCUGCAUACCCACAGUGCCCUCUUCCUGGAGGGCAGCUCCUGGGGGAGCCCACCGCUUCUGGAUGCCCCCACCUCACCCCCUCAGGCCCCGAGAUCCCAGCGCCAGGCACGGAGGAUCAGCCAGGGCAGCUCCAGUGAGAGCUCGGAGUCCUCGGACAGCUUGGCCCCUGUGGGUGCCUCCCGCAUCACAGCCAAGUGGUGGGGCUCCAAGCGCAUCGACUACGCCCUGUACUGCCCUGACGUCCUCACAGCCUUCCCCACCGUGGCCCUGCCCCACCUCUUCCACGCCAGCUACUGGGAGUCCACGGACGUGGUGGCCUUCAUCCUGAGACAGGUGAUGCGCUAUGAGAGUGUGAACGUCAAGGAGAGCGCUGGCCUGGACCCCGCGGCACUGAGCCCUGCCAACCCCCGCGAGAAGUGGCUUCGUAAGAGGACCCAGGUCAAGCUGCGGAAUGUCACUGCCAACCACCGGGCCAAUGACGUGAUUGCUGCCGAAGAUGGCCCCCAAGUCCUGGUGGGGAGGUUCAUGUACGGGCCCCUCGACAUGGUGGCCCUGACCGGCGAGAAGGUGGACAUCCUGGUGAUGGCAGAGCCGUCCUCCGGCCGCUGGGUGCACCUGGACACAGAGAUCACCAACAGCAGUGGGCGCAUCACAUACAGCGUGCCACGGCCCCGGCGCCUGGGGGUCGGUGUCUACCCCGUGAAGAUGGUCGUCAGGGGCGACCAGACCUGCGCGAUGAGCUACCUCACAGUGCUGCCCCGGGGCAUGGAGUGUGUGGUCUUCAGCAUCGAUGGCUCCUUUGCCGCCAGCGUGUCCAUCAUGGGAAGUGACCCCAAGGUUCGGCCGGGGGCAGUGGACGUUGUCCGGCACUGGCAGGACCUGGGCUACAUGAUCCUCUACAUCACGGGGCGGCCGGACAUGCAGAAGCAGCGGGUGGUGUCAUGGCUGUCCCAGCACAACUUCCCCCAGGGCAUGAUCUUCUUCUCCGACGGGCUGGUACACGACCCGCUGCGGCAGAAGGCCAUCUUCCUGCGCAACCUGAUGCAGGAGUGUUUCAUCAAAAUCAGCGCAGCCUACGGCUCCACGAAGGACAUCUCCGUCUACAGCGUGCUGGGCCUGCCGCCCUCCCAGAUCUUCAUUGUGGGCCGGCCCACCAAGAAGUACCAAACCCAGUGCCAGUUCCUGAGCGAGGGCUACGCGGCGCACUUGGCGGCGCUGGAGGCCGGCCACCGCUCGCGCCCCAAAAAGAACAGCUCGCGCAUGAUCCUACGCAAGGGCAGCUUCGGCCUCCACGCGCAGCCUGAGUUCCUGCGGAAGCGCAACCACCUGCGCCGGACCAUGUCGGUUCAGCAGCCCGACCCGCCCGCCAACCCCAAGCCCGAGCGGGCCCAGAGCCAGCCCGAGUCCGACAAGGACCACGAGCGGCCCCUGCCCGCGCUCAGCUGGGCGCGCGGGCCCCCCAAGUUCGAGUCGGUGCCCUGAGGGCCGCGCGGUGCAGCAGAGCAAGGUGGUGGGGGGCCCACCAGGGCUGCCUGCGGGGACGGGAGGGGCUGCCUUGUCCCCGGCAGACACAGGCUGUUUCCUGCUUUUUCCCUCCCGUGUCUGUCCAGCAAAGUGUCCAACCAGCGAGGCGGGAGGGACCCUGCCUGGCCUUGGCGGGGAGGCUCCCUGGGCGGCAAAGGGGUGAGAUCCAGGGGUCUCAAUGCAGUCGCUGCUGCUCCCCUACGCCUGCAAUGCAAGCCCCAGUCAGGGUGGAUGUCUGUGUAACCCCCCGGGGGCAGGCUUGCCUGGAGCCUGAGUGUUUGACAAAGUCGACCAUCUCUCUGAGUUCCGGAGGCUUCGGCAGUGAUGGUUGGCAGGCCCUAAAGGGAGGCGCCCCCCAAUCAGGGACCAGCAGCCACUGGCAAGUGCAGCUUCUUGGUUGCCCGCUGGGGUGAGGGGAGGGGGCGCAAGUGGCAUUUGUGCCCGCCCCCUGGAGACGUCCCAGGUCACCAUCCUGGGCCUGGCUCGCCUGUGGCCAAGUGGCCACUUUCUGGGAGUGAGAGGAUGUCCAGUAGGUUCAUCCUAUGUUUGAGCUCUCUGUCCACAGACGGUUGGGGGCGGGGUCUGGUGCUGACGGUCUGUCCUCCUGCAGCUGUCUAUGGUCCCCCCUUUCUUGUCCUCUGUAUCCUUGCCUUUCUCCCAGGGCCCUGGAGGACAGUCCUGCC